UUCCCGAAAUCACUCCCUGCCCUGAUCUGCGAGAUGAGAGCUGCUUGCAGCCCCUCACCAUCGAGUAAAAGAUCUUGGUGGUUCCUGCCCCUUUAAGAAAGGGCUAGUUCAAGAAGCUGCUAGUACAGCGUGACUCAGCAUUUUCUCCAGAGAUUGAACCGCUUUGUUCGGCUCGCGAAAAAAAGAACCAGUCUUGCCUUCUGCUUCGUUUUGACCGGCUGAGUUUUCGACAUGCCAGGCAAAUACACCAUCACCUACUUCCCCGUCCGCGGUGAGUGCUUAAGAACCACAUAAAAGGGGAGAGCUCUGGUGCAUACACGACCGUCUCCUGAUACGGGGAAGUAGUUUGCUUUGCUGGAGGGGGUAAAAAAGGCGCUAAGGCUCAAACGGUUGGAGGAAGAAGCGCUUUGGAAUUUUGGAGAAUAAUUGCUUUCUAUUUCGAUAUUCAAGAUCCUACGUGGCGCAGAGUGGGCGCUGUGAGGCCAUGCGGAUGUUGUUGGCUGAUCAGGGACAGGAGUGGACAGAAGAUGUGGUGACUGGAGAUAUUUGGGGGAAGGGAGACUUCAAGAAAUCAUGUGUUUUCGGACAGUUGCCUAGAUUUCAGGAUGGAGACUUUAUACUGUACCAGUCCAAUGCUAUCCUGCGCCUCUUGGCAAGGAAUCAUGUACUCUAUGGUCAAGAUGCCCAUGAAGCAGCACUGCUGGAUAUGGUGAAUGAUGGAUUGGAGGACCUGCGUAUGAAAUACGGCCGCCUCAUCUAUCAAAACUAUGAGAAUGGCAAAGCUGCCUAUAUUGAAGCCCUUCCAGGGGAGCUGCGUCCUUUCGAGAACCUUCUGGCUCAGAAUAAUGGAGGGAAGUCCUUCAUUGUAGGCAAACAGAUCUCCUUUGCUGACUACAAUCUGCUUGACCUGUUACACGUGCAUUUGGUCCUGGCGCCCAACUGCCUGGCUUCCUUCCCCUUGCUCGCUAGCUAUGUGAAGCGGCUUGAUGCCCGGCCACUCCUCAAAGCUUUCUUGGAGUCUGAUGCCCACAAGCAGCGCCCCAUCAAUGGGAAUGGCAAGCAGUGAAACUGAUUCCUUUGCCAGGAUGCAGUUUUUGUGGUGAUCCCUGGGAGCUUUGUAGUUUUAUAUGUUCUGGUGCUAAUGAAGCGAGUUUCAAUAAAGAGUCUGGCAUCUCUACAAGGGAGGGAGAGUAACAGAAAACAGCAGAAGACUACAGCAAUCAAGGGAGAGGUGCUUGAUUUGUUAGAGCCAAGUGUCUUAUUACUACUAUUAUGAUUUGUUAGAUUUAUAUCCCACCCUUCUUCCCAAAGGACCCCAGGGAAGCAUAUAUAGUGAAACAGUAAUCUAGGAUCCUACCUGUCUGAUUUAUAGCUCUUGUCUUAAGCUGCACCACUGAAGCUGCAACUGAGGGUGCAAGCAGACAAGACAGUGGAAUAUUCAUGAAAAGAUCUCCCACUUUUUUGAAAAAGUAAAUGUCAUUCUGGGAGCUUCUGUUUUAGAUUAAGGCUGUGGUGUAUGUGUGUGUGGGAUGUUAAAUCCCCUUGUGCUUUCCCUCUGAUUGGAAUCAGAUCCCCGCAGCUAUAUUUAUCUUUUCAAAACCAGGGGAGAUCCAGUCAUUGAUCGUUUGCCAUCACACCUAGCACACACCUAAUUCUGCACUUCUCUUCUGUUGUUCUUGGUAUCUAUUUCCAGAUUGGUUAGCCAUAUUAGUCUGUUAAAGGAAAAACAACAAAGUUUUAGAGCUGAUAAGCUUUCAUGAACUAGAGCCCACUUCAGAUACACAGAAUGUGAUCCUCAGUUGUCAGGUGUGUGUGCGCAUAGACAUGCAUGCAUACAGUAUAUAUAUUGCUCAUGGGCGUACAGGGCAAAACAUUUAAAUGAAAAUAAAAUGCAAAAGUACAGACUGACAAUUCAAGUAGAGUUUAAAUAUAUGCCAAAAAAAGCACAGUAACUCUUCACAGCAGCAAUGAUUGUUGAGUAAAGUAACACACACAUGCAUAUAUAUAUAUAUACACACACACACACACACACACACACACACACCACCACCACCACCACCCCCGUCAGGAUGUUCCAUGCAUCUGACAAAGUGGGUUCCAUCUGAUAAAGUGCAUCUGAUAAAGUGGGUUUAAGUGAAACGUAUGCCAUAAUUUAUUGGAAGUGCUACAAGACUCCUUGUUUUUGGUCUUGGAGGCACUAAACCUUUAUAUAGAAACUUGUAACCUGCCAUGCAUGUGUGCUCAGCAUUUGGUGAUAAGAAGUUGGUAAAACUACUUACUGUUCAUCCCCGACCAGGUUAGACAUUAUCUGAAUUUUCUUGGGGAUGGGUCGAUGAAGCUCAGAUCCCUGUUUUGUGAUGAAGCUCACUGGAGACCCUUGAGCAAAUCACUUUCUUAGGCAAGCCUGUCUUGGGGAGUUGCCCUAUGGUAUAAGUGAUACAAGAAUUGUAAUGUAUUUUGUACAUUGAAAUUGUUUAAGAAUAAAGCACAUCAAAUUAAAUUAGA